GUCCCUUGUGUCGCAGCUCCGUGCUCGUCAAGUCAGACAGUGUGCAGGAUUUGGUUUUGAACGUCCGGAGCGAGCGGGAGUGUGUCCGUGGACUGGAUUCAACCAGCACAGCGGUGUUGUGGUGUCCCGAUGGCGACCGACAUUGUUGCGCAGUUGGCCGACUCCCUGGCCAAGACUGGAGUAGAGGAAGGAGAGCUGAGCUACAAGGGCCAGGGAAGAAAGCUGGAUGAUGCCCAGUCAGUGGAGGAAAUGGUGAAGGAGAUCGAGGACUUCAAGGGUUUAAAGGCCCUGAGGUUGGAGGGAAACACUAUAGGUGUGGAGGCAGCACAGGCCAUCGCCAAGGCCCUAGAGACAAAGAACGAGUUCAAGUGCUGUUAUUGGAGUGACAUGUUCACAGGUCGCCUGCGCUCUGAGAUCCCACCUGCCCUGAAUUCAUUGGGUGACGCUCUGAUGCUGGCGGGUGCCAGGCUGACUGUUUUAGACCUCAGUGACAACGCCUUUGGACCAGAUGGGGUGAAGGGCAUCGAGAAUUUGCUCAAGAGCACCGCCUGCUACACAUUGCAAGAGCUACGGCUCAACAACUGUGGCAUGGGCAUUGGAGGGGGGAAGAUCUUGGCUGCUUCAUUGACCCAGUGCCAUAAAAAAUCCAGUGAAGAGGGCACCCCCCUCAGUCUGAAGGUGUUUGUUGCCGGGAGGAACCGACUGGAGAACGAUGGAGCCACUGCCCUCGCUCAUGCCUUCCAGGUAAUAGGCAGCCUGGAGGAGGUUCACAUGCCCCAGAAUGGCAUCAAUCACCCGGGAGUAACAGCACUGGCCACAGCCAUGCAACACAAUGCAGGCCUCCGCAUCCUCAACCUCAAUGACAACACCUUCACUGAGAAGGGAGCUAUCGCCAUGGCUCAGGCCCUGAAACACUUACGCAGCAUCCAGGUGAUAAACUUUGGAGACUGUCUGGUGCGGCCAGCAGGAGCCAUAGCUAUUGCAGAAAGUGUAUCAGAGGGUUUACCAAUCCUCAAGGAACUCAAUCUGUCAUUUGGGGAGAUUACAGAGGAAGCUGCUCUGGCUGUGGCUCAUGCAGUAAAGGGCAAAGACCAGCUGGAGAAACUGGACCUAAAUGGUAACUAUCUAGGAGAGGACGGCUGCAAAGCUCUGAAAGAGUCCAUGGAAGGCAUGAACAUGGGCGACCUUCUAGGAUCACUCAGUGACGACGAGGGUGAGCCAGAAGAUGACGACGAGGACGAAGAUGAAGAUGAGGAAGAGGAUGAGGAGGAAGUGGACGAGGAGGAAAUCGACGAGGAAGAAGAAGAAGAGGAGGAGGAAGAGGAAAGCAGUGGCAUCAAGUUGUCCACCCCUGCAUCAGCACCCCGGCCACCAGAUGUCUCUUCCUUCCUCAGCUUUCCGUCCCCAGACAAACUGCUCAAACUGGGGGCCAAGAGAGCGUUGCUGAUCGAGCAGCAGGUGGACGUAUCAGAUGCUACAAAAACAGCUGAAGCCUUCCUCAAGAUUGCAUCUGUGUACAAGGAGGAGAAUAAUGAUGUUAAGAAUGCAGUUUUGGACAGCGUUGAUGCCCUUCUGAAAAAGGCUUUUGCCACUCCUUCCUUCCAAGGCUACAACUUUGUAUCAUCUUUGUUGGUGCUGCUUGGACUUAUCAAGAGUGAGGACAAGGUGAAGCCUGUACUCGUGGUUCCCGGCCACCUACACGCCUUGGAGCACAUUGUUCAACAGGAUUACUUCCCCAAAGAGGAUGUGGUUGUGCUGCAGGCCUUCAUGUCCCGGUAAGGGCGUGACAGAAUGAGCCAAUCAGCAGGCAUUAUGCAGAAACAACAAGGCCCUAAUUUCAUGUGGCAAUGCCAGGAAACACCUCCAGUCAACACUGAGAGAGU